AUGUCUCGCCUAGAAGGAAAAGUCGCCCUCAUUACGGGAGCAACCGGGGGGAUUGGUCGGGCUGCGUCCAAACUCUUCGCCGAUGAAGGUGCGCGCGUCGUGUUGGUCGACCUUGACGAGUCAGCCCUCCAGGAUGCGGUGCAGUCAAUCGGAGCAGACCGGGCCAGUUAUCACGCUGCCGAUGUAACCCAACCCGAUCAAGCCCAAAACUACGUGCAGGCCGCAGUAGACCGCUGGGGUGGCAUUGAUAUCUAUCUGGCCAAUGCCGGGAUUGAAGGUUCCAUAUCCCCGAUACCCGACUAUCCCAUCGACGUGUUCGAUCGUGUGAUGGCGGUCAACGUGCGCGGGGUCUGGCUGGGCAUCAAGUACGUUGUCCCUGCCAUGCGUGAACGCGGCGGCGGCAGCAUCGUCAUUACGUCCUCCACCGCCGGCAUCGGUGGCAGCGCUGAUAUGUCGGCGUACACCACCAGCAAACACGCCGUCAUCGGCCUGAUGCGCACUGCGGCCCUGGAGGGCGCUCCCCUGGGAAUCAGGGUCAAUACCGUCAAUCCUGCGCCCAUCGAGACGCGGAUGAUGCGUUCUAUAGAGGAGAUGCGCGUUGCCGCGCUGGACGAUGCGACGGUUACCGUCGAACGGACGAAGCAGGCUGCUGCGGCACGUAUUCCGCUGCGACGCUACGGCAACCCCGAGGAAGUGGCCAGGCUGAUGCUCUUCCUCGCCAGUGACGAAAGCAGCUUUUGCACCGGCGGCGUGUACAUGGUAGAUGGCGGCAGGUCCGCCGGCAGUCCCUGA